AUGGCUAUAGCUCCAUCACAACUUGUUUCACCAGUUACUGAAAAAAUCAUUGUCAAGCCAUCUUUACCCACCCCUUCUCCGCUUAAAUACCACAAGCUUUCGUUUAUCGAUCAAUCGUUGAGUCACUUGUACAUUCCUCUAGUUUUUUUCUACUCUAAGCAACAACAAGAGUUUGAUCAAUUAGUAGCUAACAAACUACAAAAUUCAUUAGCAACAACUUUAUCAGCUUACUAUCCCUAUGCUGGAAGAAUGAGAGAUAGUGCCACGAUCGAAUGCAAUGACAGGGGAAUCGAGUUUUUAAAUGUUCGAAUAAGUUGUCCCAUGUCCGAAAUGAUGAACAACCCUCAUGACUAUGCAGAAGGAAACAUAUUUACGAAAGAUUUACCUUGGAAGAAUUCGUUCGAUGGAAGCCUACUCGUGGCUCAAUUAAGUCAUUUCGAUUGUGGAGGAAUAGCAAUCAGUACAUGUCUGUCACAUAAAGUUGGUGAUGGUGGCUCUGUUGCAAGUUUUAUCUAUGAUUGGGCUAAAAUAACUCGAAAUCCAAACCAAAUCGCUCGUCCCAAAUUUAUUAGCGACACAUUUUUUCCAACCCCAAAUGGACCUUUAAUUGCACCAUUGAUUGAUUCCAAAUUGGAUAAAUGUGUGCACAAAAAAUUCCAUUUCUCUGCCUCGAAGUUACAGGGCCUUAGGGCAAAAAUAGCAGCUGAAGCAGGGAUCAAAAAUCCAACACGAGCAGAAGUUGUGAGUGCACUUCUGUUCAUAUCAGCUACAAAGGCUGCAUCGAAAAUCAACAACACUUCAUUCAGGCCAUCUAAAUUGAUUAAUUAUGUCGAUAUACGCCCAAUGACAACACCCCCUUUAUCGCGAAAUGUUAUAGGGAAUCUCCUCACCGUGACUUCCACAACAGCAAGUCACGAUGAGGAGAUGGAAUUGCCAAGAUUGGUUCGCGAAUUCAGGAAGGAAUUUGAGCAAGUUUACAAGAAAGACCCUGUUCAGCACAAUUCAUUGGUGUUGAAGUUACUUGAAAUAAUGGAAUCACCAUACGCGAUUGACGAAUUUGACACUUAUUAUUGCAGCAACAUGUGCAAGUUUUCGGGUUAUAGCAUAGAUUUUGGAUGGGGUAAACCUGAAAGAGUGUGUGCACCAAUGGGUCCAUUCAAGAAUUUCUUCAUAUUGAGUGCUGAUCAAAAUAUGGAUGGUGUUGAAGCUAUGGUGACUCUGGAAGAACAACAUAUGUUGGCAUUUGAAUGUGAUGAAGAGCUCUUGGAAUUUGCUUCUCCAAUUUCAAGUUUCUAA